AUGAGCUUAGACAUCCAGCUGACGGCCCCCAACGGCCGCAAGUACGCCCAGCCCACCGGCCUGUUCAUCAACAACAGGUGGGUGAAGUCGUCUGACGGCGGCAAGAUCACCAGCAUCAACCCCACAAACGAGCAAGAAAUCGUCUCGGUUUAUGCUGCUACCAGCGAGGAUGUCGACAGAGCCGUCGUCGCGGCGCGCAAUGCCCUGCGCAACCCUGAGUGGCGCGAUCUGCCUGCCACCGACCGUGGAAAGCUGCUGAACCGCCUCGCUGAUUUGGUUGACGAGAACCGUGAGACUCUUGCCACUAUUGAGACUUGGGACAACGGCAAGCCGUACCAGGUCGCUCUGAACGAGGAUCUAGUCGAGGUUGCUGAGACUCUCCGCUACUAUGCCGGCUUUGCCGACAAGGUGUUUGGCCAGGUCAUCGAGACCUCUUCAGACAAGUUUGCGUACACAGUCCGGGAGCCCGUAGGUGUCUGCGGCCAGAUCAUUCCCUGGAAUUAUCCCUUGGCCAUGGCCGCCUGGAAGCUGGGCCCCGCACUGGCCUGCGGCAACGCCGUCAUCCUGAAGCCGGCUGAGCAAACGCCCCUCUCUAUCCUUUUCCUCGCCAACCUCGUCGCCAAGGCCGGAUUCCCUCCCGGUGUUGUAAAUGUCCUCAACGGACUCGGCGCCGUCGCUGGAGCCGCUAUUGCAUCCCACACCGAUGUCGACAAGAUCGCCUUCACCGGAUCUACGCCCACCGCGAAGCACAUUAUGAAGAUGGCCAGCAGCAACCUGAAGAACAUUACGCUUGAGACGGGUGGUAAAAGCCCUCUGAUUGUCUUCGAGGACGCCGACCUCGACCUCGCUGUGUACUGGGCCCACGCCGGCAUCAUGUCGAACCAAGGCCAAAUCUGCACAGCCACUUCCCGUAUCUUGGUCCAAGACACCGUGUACGACAAGUUCCUCGCGGCUUUCCGAUCGCAAGUCAAGGAGAUCUCUAAGCUCGGCGACCCCUUCGACGAGAAGACUUUCCAGGGUCCUCAGAUCACAAAGGCACAAUACGACCGCAUCAUGUCAUUUGUGGAGGUCGGCAAGAGCGAGGGUGCCAAGCUCGAGGUCGGCGGACAGCCGUUCAAGAAGGGUGGCGAUGGAAAGGGCUACUUCAUUGAGCCCACAGUGUUUACCGGAGUCACUCCUCAAAUGCGAGUGUUCCAAGAGGAGGUCUUUGGCCCCUUUGUUGUGAUUACCACGUUCAGCACCCAAGACGAGGCCAUCGCCUUGGCCAACGAUACCCAAUACGGACUGGGAAGCGCCAUCUUCACCACGAACCUCACCCGAGCCCACCGUGUGGCCAAGCGAAUCGAGGCUGGAAUGGUUUGGAUCAACUCUAGCAACGAUAGUGAUUGGCGCAUUCCCUUUGGCGGCGUCAAGCAGAGCGGAAUCGGACGGGAGCUUGGCGAGGCUGGCUUGGCUGCCUACUCAAAUAUCAAGGCGGUGCACGUUAACAUUGCCUCCAAGUUGUAG